CCCUGACUCCAUUCCAUCACUUAUCAUCCAGAUAUUGGUGUGAGGGUUUUGGUUAGCUUGAGGCUGGUGGGUGUCUGGUCGUGUCUCAGGUGUGGUAGGCACGUGUGUGCAUCACGCCUCUGCGGCCAGUCCAGUCUACUCCACCAGCAAGCCAUACAGUACCCUUGGAUCUGGCGCUUUGGGCUUUCCCAUAGGGCCAGUGACUCGCUGUGGUGCAUGAUAGGCGCUGCAGCUUAUCUCUAGUGCGGCUGCUUGUGCUUCGGUGCUUCAUUUUUGGGUGCUCGCUCGCUCCGUUUUGGUCUGUCUUUCUUAGAACGAUUCCAUCAUGGAGGGCGGAAGAAGAUUGAUAGCGUUGGUGCUGCUGGCGGGGCUAUGGAGCACGGUAGCAGCCACGGAGUCAAGCAGCAGCUCGUCGCAGGCGAGCGACAGCACGAGCGCGCUGACGGCGAACAAGGUGGGCGCGUUGUUCGUUUUCCUGGCGUCGAGCUUCCUGGGCGUGUUCGUGCCGUACUUCAUCCCCGUGCGCCAGAACGUCCUCAAGUUCGGCGUGCUCUUCUCCACCGGCCUCUUCAUCGGCAUGUCGCUGCUCUACCUCACGCCCGAAACCGAAGAGCUCUUCUCGGAGCUCACAACCAACAAGUAUCCUCUGGCGUACCUGGUGGUAGUGAUGGGCGUCUUCCUCACGUGGCUCUGCGACCUCAUCGUCAAGACCGUCUGGCGGAAACGAUCCGUCUCCGACGACCCCGCCAAGGAAUCCGAUCCAACGGUGGCUGGAAUCCUCGUGGGCCAGAAGGUCACGACGGAGGGCGACGAGGAGGCUGCCGGGGGGGCGGCAGCGACGGACUACAGCACGCUGAGCUUCAUCGACGUGGCGCUCAUCCUCUUCGCGCUCUGCUUCCACGCCGUGUUUGAAGGCCUCGCUGUGGGCCUCGCCUCCACCGUCUACGACGUGUGGCAGAUGGGGUCCUCAAUUGCCGUCAACGAGUUCUUUGAGGGUUUGGCCCUUGGUGUGACGCUGAGGGUUCAAGACACUGAGAGAAGCGCCGUGAAGCACCUUCUCUUUGCCCUAUGUGCCUCCAUUGUCGCUCCCCUCGGCAUCGCCAUCGGCAUCGUCCUCGACGAAGCUGGUGAUCCCACGGCUCGCGAAUGGGUCAAGGCGUUUGGAAACGGUAUGGCGGCUGGAGUCUUCUUGUUUAUUGCCCUGGGCCACCUGAUUGCCAAGGGAAUGAAGCCUGGGGCGAACGACAAGCCGUGGCUUGUCUUUGUCAAGUGGUUUGUUGCAGGCCUUGGUCUGAUGACCAACGCUCUUCUCCAGCUUAUUGGAAAGAGCUAGCUGCAACUGUGCAUACUAUUUAUUACUCUAUUUGCUUCAUCACCUGUAAAUUGUGAAACGAUUGGAACAUUUUUAUAGAAAAUCC